GCCUAUAAAUUCCUGCCACUCUAAAAAAUCGCAGCAGUUAGUAGCAGUAGCCGUAGACGAAGAUAAAAAAUCAGCAUAAAAAAAGGAUUCCAUCCUUCUCCGGAAUAUUCCUUCUAAGAAAAUUCCAUAAUUUUUCGCAGGAGAAAACAAGUUUGUAAUUUUGUUAAUAUAUAUUUUUGAUGCCGUAUCUUGUACGCGAGAAUCUUUUCAUCGGAAACAUAAGCGACGCGGCGGAGGUUCUGCAAAACGGAAGUGAGGAAAUAACGCAUAUGUUAUCGGUUUUAAGUUCCGUGUCGAUAUCGUUCUUUACGGAAUGGAGAAGCGGAGUCAUAAUUCCGACGAAGGAGAUAAAGAAAGUGUGUGCCGGUGAUGAGUGGAGGAGUUGUUUGGCGGUGAAUAAGGUUUUGUAUUCGUUAGAGUAUGCAGGGAAGGAAUUGAAGCUAGUGAGAAUGGCGGUGCCGAUUAGGGAUAUGGAGAGUGAGGAUUUGUUAGAUUAUUUGGAUGUUUGUUUGGAUUUUAUUCAGAAGACUAGAAAAGAAGGAGCUGUUUUGGUGCAUUGUUUUGCUGGCGUUUCGAGAAGUGCAGCUAUCAUUACAGCGUACUUGAUGAAAAGUGAGCAAUUAUCUCUUGAAGAUGCUCUUGAAUCCCUAAGGCAAAGCUGUGAGUCUGUUGGUCCCAAUGAUGGCUUUUUAGAACAGUUGAAAAUGUUUGAGGAAAUGGGCUUCAAGGUUGAUCAUGCUAGUCCCAUAUACAAGCGGUUUCGCCUGAAAGCACUGGGUGAGUUUUACAACCGCGGAGAGAAGAUAGACAGUUCUAAAUUUGGGGCAGAUCCUGGUGUACCUACACAAGUCUCCUCUGAGGAAGAAGCAUCUCCAAAUGGAGGGGAAAAAGGUAUUCCUGCAUACCACUGCAAGAAGUGCCGUCGAGUAGUUGCAUUGCAGGAGAAUGUUAUGGAUCAUGUUCCAGGAGAGGGUGAGACAUCUUUUGCAUGGAGCAAGCAGAAAAGUGGCAACCCCCUUAACAAGUCUGAUGAGUCUGAGUGUUCUUCUAUUUUUGUUGAGCCUUUAAAGUGGAUGACAGCAGUUGAGGGAGGUAUGGUGGAGGGCAAGUUGUCCUGUGCUCAUUGUGAAGCUCGUUUGGGCUACUUCAAUUGGUCUGGUAUACAAUGCAGUUGUGGGAGCUGGAUUACUCCUGCCUUUCAGCUCCAUGAAAGCCGAGUAGACGUUAGCACUGUCUAAUACCUUCGAGGCAAAAGAAGAUGCCAGCUUAUCAUUUGACCACAGAAAGGCUCAGUUCUCUUAGCGAAUUUGAUACCAAGAAGAAGGGUAUGCUAUUUCGUCCACAGUCUGCACUUGCACAUAAUGAGCAAGCCCCGCAGCAUUUUUCGAAGUUGCCAUGUAUUUUUCCACAAAAUAUCUUUGUGAAGCUGGAGCUGUAUAUUUGUAAUUCGAGAGAAAUAUUGCCAUGUAUUUGGUGUAUGAUAUGUUCAUGCAAUUAUACCAAUUUGCUUGGUAGUUGGAGUUUCUCCAAAUUGCCUUGGUCCUAAAAAAUGUCUUUGGUUAAUAUCUCGAGGAGAUAAUUGAAAAAACAAGACAUGAAAACAUAUUUGUGUUUGGUAAUAGAGUAUAAAAUUGUCUUCCGCA